UCCGCCGGCCCCGCGCUUUCUGCAAGUCAUCCGCGCCGGUGCCCGCCGGAGCGCCUGCCCGCGCUCGCCCCUGCCCCUCUCCUCGGGAGCCCGGCUGGAUUGAUCUGGGGUUCUGUGCCUUUUUUUUUUUUCCCUCCCCCAUCUUGCUGUGUGUGUUGGUUUCUCUCAUCACCUGCUAUGGUUAACUUUCCUGUGACUCGGUUUAACUCUUCAGAGCUACAUGGAUGUUGCUAGAGCGCUUUCCUUGCCUUCGCUGUCCCUUGCUGGGGUUGGAUUUGAUACUAACUGGACUGUGUGAGCCCCUGUUUGUGUUCUGAGUGUAUUGAAAUGUUGCUUUCCUUUCCAAGAGCUAUGCGUUGCUUGUAACCCAGAUCUGUGAAUGAUCAUAGGCUUGGCGUGACCUUGAUUUUGAUGGCUUUAUUGGAAGAUCUAAUGAUAUGAUUGCAUUUCAUGAACUGAUUGCUCUCCAGCCUCUAUGGCUUAGGGUGUAAGCCACUUCUGCCACUCAGUCACUCAUGGACAAUUCAGAUUUUUUUUUAAAUGAACCUUUUGGCUUUUUUUCUUUCCUCACUUCUCCUUUUCCCCCCAUUUCUCCUUAAUGUCAGGAGCCUUAUUCUGUGCUCUGAUGUGAUUGAUCAUCCUCCUGCUCGCUGCUGCUAAUUUCUUUUUUAAAGUGCAAUGGCUCUAAGUGGCAACUGCAGGACUUACCUCCCUCCGAGAGAGCAGGGGACUGGUCUGCUCUCCUUCCCGGAGGUAGUGGAGCUGAAUGUGGGUGGCCAGGUUUACUUCACUCGCCAUUCCACCUUGGUUGGCACCCCUCACUCCCUGCUCUGGAAAAUGUUCACCCCAAAGAGAGACACAGCCAACGAUCUAGCCAAGGACUCCAAAGGAAGAUUCUUCAUCGACAGAGAUGGUUUCCUUUUCCGCUAUAUUCUGGACUAUCUCAGGGACAAGCAGGUGGUUCUGCCUGACCACUUCCCAGAGAAGGGAAGGCUCAAGAGGGAGGCUGAGUAUUUCCAGCUCCCGGACUUGGUCAAACUCUUGACUCCUGAUGACAUCAAGCAAAGCCCUGAUGAUUAUUACCACAGUGACUACGAAGAGGUCUCCCAAAGCAGUGACACGAGAAUCUGCCCACCCUCCUCGCUCCUACCAUCUGAUCGGAAGUGGGGAUUCAUUACCAUUGGGUACCGGGGGUCGUGCACUAUUGGCAGGGAGAGUCAAGCAGAUGCCAAAUUCAGGAGGGUCCCAAGGAUUUUGGUUUGUGGAAGGAUUGCUCUGGUCAAAGAGGUCUUUGGAGAAAGUUUGAAUGAGAGCAGAGACCCAGAUAGGGCUCCGGAAAGGUACACCUCCAGGUUUUAUCUCAAGUUCAAGCACCUGGAGAGGGCUUUCGACAUGCUGUCCGAAUGUGGAUUCCACAUGGUGGCCUGUAACUCCUCUGUGACGGCUUCCUUUGUCAAUCAGUACACAGACGACAAGGUCUGGUCCAGCUACACUGAAUACGUCUUCUACCGUGAGCCCUCCCGCUGGUCGUCCUCCCACUGCGACUGCUGCUGCAAGAACGGCAAGGGAGACAAGGAGGGAGAAAGCGGCACGUCGUGCAACGAGCUGUCGACGUCCAGCUGCGACAGCCAGUCGUAGGCCAGCUCCGGUGCCCGCUGCGGCGGCCGUGUCCCCCGCCAGCCCAACAUACAGACUCUGGACCGGCCAGCCAAGAAGGGCCCCGUGCAGCUCCUGCAGCAGUCGGAGAUCCGGAGGAAGAGCGACCUGCUCCGAACUCUCACCUCGGGCUCCCGGGAGUCCAACUCCAGCAAGAAAAAGGCAGUGAAAGAAAAGCUUUCUAUUGAGGAGGAGUUAGAGAAAUGUAUCCAGGAUUUCCUCAAAAUCAAAAUCCCAGACAGGUUUCCAGAAAGGAAACAUCCCUGGCAAUCUGAACUGCUGCGAAAGUAUCACCUAUAGGAUCAGGGCAGGGAAACACGUAACCCUGUUACCACUUAGAGCAAGAUUCUAAGCGAUCUGAAAAUAAUUCGUAAUAAUAAUAAUUUGUUAGGUCACAAAAAAAAAAUCCAUCUCUAUAGUACUGCCUAAUUUGCCUAUUUCACUUUAACAUUUAUAGUCCUAGGGUAACAAUAUUUUUCCGGUUGUGGAAGCACAAUGACAAAUGCUUUUAUUUGUGGACUCUUACACAAGCUGAAUACCUGAAAGGCACAACACUAUCGACAACAGAAGCUACUCGAGCGCAGGUGCUGCUGCUGGCGGUGGGAGGUGGCGCGUGUGGUCCGGCAGCGGCCGGAGGUUUGGGGACCUACAUGCCUCCGAGUUCUCCUUUUAGUCCGCUUACGUGGAGGGAUGUACGCAACUCAAACAAGCUAUGCCAUGACCGCUUACGCGUUUACAUUAAGCAUGUGUGUGUAUAUAUAUAUGUGUAUAUAUAUCGUUGUGUAUAUAUAUGUGUAUAUAUAUAUCAAUAUGUAUUGCUUAACGAUUUUUCUGGCUCUCUCCUUAUAACUGCACUUUUUCAGAAAAGAGCAAUUUUGGCAGUCUGUGGAUGUUCAACCCUCAAAGAUCUGAGGAAGAAAUGGAAUAGUAGAAAACCUUCUCUCUUGCCCUCCCUCCUUUUUUCCUGUUUUUUUUUUUCCCUCUCUCCCUCCUGAGACACUGUAAGCUCGUUUCAGUGGAGACCAGGGAAAAGCGUGUGGCUCUUUGUUGCUGACAGCAAAAUAUUCCAGUUGUUUUUGUUCUGUUUUGAUCUUCCCUCUGAUUCUUUCCCAAGCCUUUUUUGUAUUUCUUGAGGCUUUCUGGUGACAAUGGGUUAAACACGUAAUGGUUCCAGCUGGAAGGAUGCAGGAGUUUUUCCUGGCGCAAGCGGGGUGGCAGGUCGGGCUGCGGAGCCGGCGAGGCUGGCUGGUUCCUGUGGGCUUGCCAGGCGCGUUUGCCAGAAGUCUUUGGCCCGAGCUAGCAGGGAGAGCAGACGCUUGGUCCCCUCCGACCCAGAAGCAAAUAUAAGAAAUUAUCAGCCUAACAACCUACAUUUAGUGCUUUGACUGGCAGGGAAUUGAUUGUUAAACAAUAGGGACAGCGCUGUUCCAGCUACAUGCGUUUCAAGAGAAAUUAAAAAUUGAAAACAAACUGGCUGUAUUCUGUAAGGGAGAGGACUAUCGCCGUGUCGCUCCUUUCUCUGGCCAGUAGCGCGGCAGCGGUCAGCAAGGCUGGGCUGGCGCCGGGGCGCGAGACCCUGGGCCCGUUGAGCAGGCAGGACUUGCAAGCCCUGGCGCGGGUAAGGCGCAGCGGGGAGCCCGUUUGAGGUUUGCGCCUGAGCUGCUGGAGGGCCAGGCUGGAGAGAGGUACUGAAAACUGAAUUGCUCCAUCUAACUUCAGGCUGCAGCUGGGAACAAGGCAGCCAGAGUAUUUGGUGCAAAUCAUUUGUGGUCUGACAGUACAAAACAAAGGAUAUAUGUAGAAGGGACGUGCUAGUGCUGGUAACGCACAAGGUUUUGACGUUGACUUAUUGAGCGACCUCCAGGUUCCAGGGCUUCGUUUCCUCCCGAGUUUCAGGCUGCUGUGGAAGACGAGGCCGCGUGCGCGCAGGUUAGUUCUGUCUGUCUUGAUGCAAUUUCAGUAAGAUGAUUUAUUCAUGCCCUGAAGGGCCCCUUUGCUCCCACAAAACUGGCUAACGUGUUUCCCUUUGCCAGAAGAGUCGCGCGGUCUGCCCGAGCAAAGAGGCAGAGGCCCGCGCUCGUCUCGUCGGGCAGCGGCGGGCGGGAGCCGCGCCGG